CUCACACAAUUGUAAUUUGAAAAAAAAAAAAAUAUAAAUAAAUAACAAAUAGUAUUAUUAUUUAUUUAUUUUAUUUAUUUUUUCAUAAUAAUUUAUUUAAAAAUAAAUUCCAACAAAUUACAGUACAUUAAAUAUAUAUAUAAAUAGUUUUUAAAUUUUUAUUAAAUAAAUAAAUAAUAAUUUCACUUUUUAAAAAAAAAUACAAAUUAAUAAAAAAAAAUGAUUAAAAACUCAAAUAAAAUUAUUAAUUUAACUAAGAAUUUAAAAACUUUAAAUAAAACCAGUUACAAAUGUUUUUCAACAGGAUCAAGUGUUUCAACCAAUAACAUUUACAAUCAAAUUAAAAAGAUUGACGAAUUUGUUAACAAAAAGCCAUCAGUUACCAGAGUCAUCAGUUCAGGAGCACAAGUUAAUUUUAAUGAAAAUAAGAUUGGAGCUCAAGCUACUGCCAAUAUUUAUUCAAAGAAUGUUAAAAUUGGAGAGAAGAAGCAAAUUGUAUUAGUCAAGAUUGGUGGUGGUGUUAUUGAAUCUGAUUUAUCAUCAUUAAUCAAUUCAUUAAAUUUCCUUAGAAAGAUAGGUUUAUUCCCAAUUGUUGUACACGGUGGUGGUCCACAAUUAAAUGCCGAAUUAGAGGCCGCAGGUGAAACAGCUGAAUACGUUGAAGGUCUCAGAGUUACUCCUCCAUCUGUUUUAGCUAUUGCUCAAAGAGUUUUCCUUAGAGAGAAUUUAAAAAUUGUCGAAGCUUUAGAGUCAAGUGGUACCAAGGCAAGACCAAUUACUCAAGGUGUUUAUCAAGCUACUCCUUUAGACCCACAAUUAUAUGGUUUUGUUGGCAAUGUCACUAAAAUUCACACUAAUGCUUUAGCCUCAUGUAUUACCAACGAUUACGUACCAGUUAUCUCUUCAUUGGCCAUGACUCCAGAAGGUCAAGUACUCAAUAUUAACGCCGAUGUUGCCGCUUUAGAAUUAGCUAAAUCUAUUAAUCCACUUAAAAUUCUUUUCAUCAAUACUACUGCUGGUAUGAAAGAUGGUGAUGGUAAAGUUAUGCAACAUAUUAGAUUGGAUGAACAAUACGACGGCUUAAUGAAACAACCAUGGGUCAAACAUGGCACCAAAUUAAAGUUAAAGGAAUUCAAGAGUUGUCUCGAUGUUUUACCACCAUCAACUUCAAUCACUAUUACUUCACCAGACCUCUUAAUGAAAGAAUUAUUCUCAAAGAAAGGUAGUGGUACAACCGUUGAAAGAGGUGAAGUUAUGCUCUCUAGUGAAUCUUCUAGCUUUGAAGAAAGUAAAUUCUUUGCUUUAGUCGAAAAAUCCUCAACCCAUAAAAAUAGAAUCGAUUUCCAACAACUUAAAAAUGAUAUCUCAAAAGGUUCAAUUAAAGUAUAUGUCAAUAACUACUAUACCGCUGGCUUAAUCGUUAGAAAAGUCAAAAACUAUAACUUUGUUGAUCAAUUCCUUUUCUUUAAUAGUGCUGUUCAAUCCACUGAAGAUUCAGAAUCUAUUUUCAAGAAAUUAUUUGCUACAGAUAAAUUUGUUUGGAAACAAUCCCCAAGUGAAGAGAGUGAUUUAGUUACAGAUUGGUUCAAGAAAGUAGCUCAAGGUUACAGCUUCAAUGCCAAAACCAAUGAAAAAAUCUAUUGGACCAAUAUCGAAACCAACGAAAUUGAAUCAGUCCUCAAUGAAGUUUCAAAUCAAUCAUCAAAUACCUAUUUAAAUAGUAUCUCAAAGGGUGGUGCAUCAGCAUCCGAUAAAGUUUUACCAGAUAAAUCACGUAAAUACCGUGUUGGUUUAAUUGGUGCUAGAGGUUUCACUGGUGGUAAUUUAGUUAGAUUAAUCGAUAACCACAAACAAUUAGAGUUAGCAGUCGCAUCAUCCUCAACAAACUUUGGCAAGCCAGUUACUACCGAAUUCCCAAGUUUAAAGAGUGACUUGAAGUUUGAAAAUGUUAAACCAGAAAACGUUGAUAUCUUUACUCGUGAUCACGGUAUUGAUGGUUGGUUCUUAGCUUUACCAGAUAAAAUUUCAGCUCCAUACGUUGAAACCUUAGAAAAAUCAAAUGAAAGACCAGUCUUAGUAGAUUUAUCAUCUGACCACAGAUUUGAUGACAAAUGGACCUAUGGUCAACCAGAAACAAACAGAGCUAUCAUUAAAGAAUCUAAAUUAAUUGCUAAUCCAGGUUGUUAUGCCACCGGUAUGUUCUUAACAUUAAAACCAUUCAUUGGUGAUUUAGUCUCACCACCAUCAUGCUUUGGUAUCUCUGGUUACAGUGGUGCUGGUAGCAAACCAAGUGAUAAAAAUGAUCUCAAUCGUUUAAGCAACAAUAUUUUACCAUACAAAUUAGUUAAUCACACUCACGAACUCGAAGUUGGUCAUCAAUUAGGUUCACCAAUUUUCUUUAUGCCACACGUUGGUCAAUUCUUCCAAGGAAUUACUUUAACCAUCUCUAUGGAAUUAAAAUAUCCACUCACCAAAGAACAAGUCAUCCAACGUUAUCAAAAAUACUAUCAUAACGAACCAUUAAUUAAAAUUGACAAAGAUGGUAUCCCAGAGGUUAAAGCAAAUAGUGGUAAACAUACUGUUACUAUUGGUGGUUUCGCUGUUAAUGGUAAUCAUUUAGUUGUUGUUACUACUUUAGAUAAUUUAUUAAAAGGUGCUGCAACACAAGCUUUACAAAAUCUCAAUUUAACAUUAGGAUUACCAGAACUUUCAUCAAUUGAAGAUGAAUUAUAAUUAAAUAUAUAACAAAUAAAGAGAAAUAAAUUAAAAACUAGUUUUUUUAUUUUUUUAUUUA